AUAACGAGGCGUGUUGUAGGGACGAUUCUGUAGCAGUAAACAUCGAAGUAAUUUGCAUGUUUGUUUUUUUCUUUGCUUAACAAGCUUUGAUUGAUUGGUGGAAAAAUCCGGUGAAAUUAGCGUGCAGCUUGAAGAUGUGAAAAAGAUGCAAAUCAAAGAUUCAUGGCGUGAUAAUCAGUCUCGCAAGCUCAGGACAGUGCAAACGAUAAUUCCGCAGUGACAAACAGUGAAGAACACAUACAGCAGAAGAAGCGAAAAAAAAGCUAUACCCUACGGGACAAUCACGGCCCCAACCGAUCAUCAUCAUCAUCAUCAUCCAAGCAGGCAAUAAUAAUCGGAGAUAAUGGUUGCAUAAUUUUAGCAUUAAAUUCGUAACCGCAACCAUAACAAUAAAACAAAAAAACAAAAAAAAAUCAGUGACCGCCAAACAAAGCUUCGCGCGAAGAACGUUGAAGAAGAACGGAAAAGCCAACUGGAAAACGAAAGGGUUAAUACUUGAAGCAAUAAUACAAAAAUUUGCAACACCGCAUGUGAAACGACAGCAGUGUGUGCCGGAUUCAAUGGAUUUGUGCCCGGGCCGGCCAACACCAGUGGGGCUGGAGCGUCACGGCGCAGCAAAGCGGGGCGAACCGAUCGCCCAACGCGUCCAGUGAUCUUGUGACUGUGUGACUGUGUGUGAUUUUCUUCGGUGUCACCGUAAUUUCCCGUCGUUUUCCACUGCUGCAAGGAUGAUGUCAUUGCGUGCCGUUUGCGUGAUACUAUAAUCGGAUCAUAGUUCUGUGCUGUGCGCCAGUGUGUGUUUAAGUGUUUUUUUCGUUGAGUUCGAUAACAUUUCGGUGCAUCUAAAAGGUGAUCUAAAAGGUGCAAUUUACAAAAAAGAAAGCCAACCAAAUUGAUAUUCCCGAGUGAACGAGUGGUUUUCUUUGGAGUGACUUUUUAAAGGCAACGAGAUGGAAAACGAGUCCUGCUACGGCGGCGGCGACAUUGUGGGGGCCAUUUUCGGCACACUGCUCGCCGUGAUCCUGGUCGGGGUGCUGCUAUGGUGGCUCUACAAGAAAAACUACAUCCUGAAGCGACUAGAUGCCAAACUCGUAGCGGAUGACCCGGAGGCAGUGGCGAAGGGUGAAUACGCGUUCGACAAUCCCGCCUUCCGGACGGAGCAGCAGACGAACGGCAGCAGUGGCACCGCUACCACCACCGGCAACGGUAUCCCGCCGUCCGGCGUCAAAACCGGCUCCUCGUCGUCCCCGCUCGAUCCGAGCUGGUCCUCGAAGCAGAACACGAUCGAAAAGCGCAAAACCGUCGACGACAGCUACGUGAAUGUGACGGCACCACGUCUCGUGUCGCUGCGCGGUUCCGACUUUACCGGGCUCGGUGUCGAGGUGUACGGCGGGCUGAAGGAAGGCAUCUUCGUGAAGAAAGUGAUGCCCCAGGGACCGGCUGCUGGCAUCGUAAGCACAGGUGACAGAAUAACGAGCAUCACGAUAGAUUUCCGCCACAUCGUGCAGGAGGACGCAAUGACCAUCCUCAGCUACGCCUCGCCCUACAACGUGCAGCUGGAGCUGGUGAGCGGCACGAAGCCGAUCCUGCCGCAAACCCAGAGCCCGAAGCCGGGCCACCACCAGAGCCUCACGCAUCCACUGUACCGUUCGAGCAGUCAGUCGGACCUGAACACGAUUGAGCGCAACUCCCGCAAGAAGCUGUUCCCGAGCGAAGAUGCGUCUCCGCUCAAGAUGGACAUCCGGGCGGGCAGCCCCACCAACAAUCAGCCCCUCGCCACCGUGCACAAGGAGAACGAGCGGGAGCCGAAGAAGCACUCCUUCAAGCAGCAGAUGCGCGAAAUGAUUGAGGAAAAGUUCCAAACCAAGCAGCCGGCGGACGUGGAGCGGAAGGGUUCGAGCGGCAAGGGUGACGAGCUAGUAGGUGGUGGUGGCAAGAAGACGGGCCACAAGUUUGGCAUCCGUGUGUUUCCUCCCUCCGUGAACGAUAAGCUGUUCGGCAGCAAAAGCCCCACCAAGAUGCAGGCGGACAACGAAAACAACAGCAACAUCGAGAAGAAAGAGUCGGAGGACAGCAGGAAGGAGGUGGAGGGCGAGAUGCAGCCGCCGUCUCCGCCGCCGGUGGUAAAGAAGCGUACGAAGGCGGCCGGCGACCACCACGGUGGCAACAAGCCGGACGUGGUGGUGAUGAUGACGGGCCAGCCGGAGGGCGACGGUGGUGAGUUCCAGCGCCAGAACAGUCUCACCUCGAGCGGGAUACGGCGGGAUGCGGCCGGCAUACCGCAGGAGAUGCCCAGCUUCAUGAUGCAGGCGGCCAACGCGGCACGGGACAAUCGGAAGUCGACCGGCGGCACGCUGGACGAUGGCAAGCGCAAGGGCAAGGCACCGCCCCGUCCACCGGUGGGCGAGUCCGAGCUGGACGAAAGCACCGUCACGGUCGACACGAACCUGAGCAGCAUCGAUGGCGGCAGCCGGACGAUGCUGUCGGCGGAUGUGCCGGAUGCGCGCGUUACCGCCACCGCCCUGCCGCGCAUGAACUUUUCCGACAACUUUGCGGAGGAGGUGCUGAACUGCACGAUCGACAGCAUCAACGGGAUCGAGCAGUUCGGGGAGACGGGCCCGAGCAACAGCUCGACGCCGAAGAGCGACCGGAAGCUGACGUCCUCGCUGACGGAGAGCGAGCUGGUGAUGCGGUCGGAGACGAUCGAUAAUGAAUCCGACGUCGAGCAGGAGCAACACAGCCGUCGGCAGCAGCCACCUCCGACGCCUCCGCGUCGCGAUGGCAACAAAAUCGAGCUGAACGCGGACGACAUUACGGUGCAUCGUAGCUCGCCGAGCCCAGCGCCGGACAGUAGCAGCAGCAUGGAGCAGGAGGACGAACGGGACAGCGAACACGAAGAGGACGAGGGCAACCGGCGUACGGCGAGUUUGGGCGAUCUGUCCAAGCUGGAAACGACUGGCAACGAGUCCAACUCGACCACCAGCAACACGCUCGAGCGUGCCCAAAGCCUCGAGAUAACGGGCGACGUCGUAACGGUGGUGAAUGGCAACACCGGCAACAGCAUGGGAGAGGCAACCGUGAUCGACGCCGGGCGCAAGCGUAAAAUCUCCACAGAAAUGCUUCUGGACGGUGGUGCGGUCACAAAUGAACCGGGACUUAACUCGCUGCAGCGGCUGAACCGGCUGAAGGGUGCCUCGGCUUGGGGCAAUCUGGAGGAUGCGAUCAACUCGGGCGAGCUCCUGCCGAACGGUGACAGCGCCCACGAGGUAACGGUCAAGCAGAACGGGUACACCGAACUCAACCAAGCGGUCAUCGUGGCGGAAGCGCCGAAAAACCCACCAACCGAACCGCAGGAACCGCGGGAAGAGCACAUCUCGCUGACGACUAUCAGCAUGCUGGUGGACCACCACCACCAGCAGGAACCGGACACGAACAUACCGGACGAUGUGAAGGUGUCCCGCUACCCGUUCGGCAGCCUGGAGCGCCCCAAAUCGGACGUGCUGAAGAAGCUGCUCGGCCAGAAGGAGGAGCUGGAGAACACGCCCUCGGUGUUCAUCUCGGCCGACGGGGGUGAGAGUGUGGUCAGCACGAUAAAGAUCGAAGCGGCGGGCGGUGAACCGGUCAGCCUGACGCUGAUCAAUCCGGCGGAAGCUGUGGACAAUGGACAGCCGUCGCCCGUGUUCACCAGCAGUGGCACGAACGGCGUUAGCAGCAUCAACAUUUCCUCCAACGAGCCCGCGUACAGCGUCCCGGCGGGACCGAUCACACUGAACGGCGGUGCGGGUGGUGGCGUGACGAAAUUUUCCCUCACCGCGGACAACAUCGUCACCAUCACGACGGCAAUGGAAGGCGCCGGCGGGUCGGAAUCGCAACCCUCCUCCAUCGUGAUGAUCGACGAUGAAAAGCUCGACUUUAGCCUGCAAACGCUGGACGAUUUUGAUGAUCCGCUGGACGAUACACCGUCACCACCACCGCCGCCACCCCUACCACAGAUGGAGUACGGUGGGGACGCGCUUAACGGACAGGCGGAUGAUGCGCCGGUUGCGCCGGAGCCGGCCCCGAAAAUGCCCCUCUCGAAUGGAGUUGCAGCCGCCACAGAACCACCGCAACCGCCACAGCGCAACUCGAUCGGCCUUGCUCGACGCGAUAGCAGUGGCCCCACUGCUGCUCCCCUCACAAAUGGCGGCUUUGUGACGGAAAUCACACUAAAGGCACCCGAACCGCCGACGGCUGCGGAGCGGGUGGUAGUACCGGCACAGAACGGUACGACCGCACCCGCACCACCCCCGGUUGUUGCCAGCAAACCCCCAAUCGUGACGAAGAAACCACCCAAGCCGGAAACGAAACCAACGGGCAACAGCAACGCCACCAUGACGACACCGCCCUCCCGGAUACCGGUCGAGCGGCGCAUGUCGAGCGAGCAUGCCGCCGGCGGUGGUUCACUGAUCCCGCGCAACACCGAGAUCAAGUUCAGCACGGCCACGUACGAAUCGUCACCACCCUCCACCGUCACCAGCACCUCCACCGCAACCGGUGGUCCGAAAACGCCCCAGCGCGGCGUCGACCAGAUACGCUCCACGUUCGAGCGGUCGAACUCGCGCACCGAAAUCCCGGUGCUGAUCCGGCGCACCUCGAUCCCGUCGAUCAAUCUGUCUCCGUCGGCGGCGGCGACCGGCGGCUCGAUGAGCAACCUCAGCACCAAAGUCAGCCCCUCCCGCAUACCCGUGUUCAACUCGAACGGCUCGAAGAACGGUGGAUCGCCGCCACCGGCCCAGAACGGGGCAGGAGGCCAUCACUACAACGGUGGCGGGGGGCUGCUGUACCGAAGCAACAGCAACAGUUCCAUCAAGAACAACAACAACAAUAACAAUCUGGUCAACAACAAGGUGUCGGUUAGCAUCACCUCCAUCAAGAACCAGUCGAAACAUCCGAGCGGCAAAUUCUGAGGCGCCGGAGGAGAAGCUCCACUUCUCCUCCUAUGCUGAGGAAUGAUCCGAUCCGUCCAGUUUGAAUGAAUGCGUGUGUGUGUGUGUGAAUGUGCGAAUGUGUGUUUGAAUUUAGGAAUUAUUUGUUUGUAAACUUUAUUACGGUAAAUACCUGGGGCGUGGUGUGUGUUUGAAUGAGGCGUUCAAUCGAAGGAGCUUUUGGGAAGAAUUUUUGUUGGUUUGUUACGUUGCCCGGACGACGCGACGACUCUCUCGCAACAGCAUUGGGAGCGCGGUUCCGGACAUCUUUACUAAUAUUAUGUUUGGCCAUAUUAUCACGUAUAUAUUCCUGUUAUUAUCAUUCCCUUCACCCAUCCCCGCGAUCGGAUGUUUUUUCUUCACGCUUAGGAGUUAAUGGAUAGUUUUAGUCGGUUAAGUUUAGCAAUUGUUAAGUAGGGGAGACCGCCAGGCAGGAUAGACGGAACAGACGGAAGAGAAAAUGAUUUUCUUAAAUUACGCCCAACAACACUUGGUGUUUUGAGGGCGAUCGCAAAAGGGAGCAAGGAGCGCGUAACAUUUUGAGUGUAUUUGCUAGUUUUUGUUGUAUGUAUCUUUAAAAAAAAGGGGUCCGACACCGUGUACCAAUCACCCCCCCCCAUGCAUUCGGUGGUGUUUUUGGACCUUGGUUUGUUGAACUGUUGAAGUGACUUACCCAUUAUUUAAAAUAUAGCCUUCACACACAUCCGUUGAAAGGCAUCGCGAGAGAGCAUCGGCAGGAUAAGAUGCAUUCUUCACAUUCCAGAUUCUACCAGAAUCUUGUUCGGGCGCAGCAGAGAGUAGGAUAAAAUGGGAAAGCAAAUAGAAGAAGAAAAACAGGUUAUCAUUAGUGGAAUAUGUUUAGCGUUUUACAAUGCAGACUUACUUACCAUAUCUCUCUAUAUCUUUACACCAACCAGUACGAUUAGCGAGAAGACAUGGGUAAACCGAAGAUGAAUAUUUCAACUGAAAAUGCUCAAUAAUCAACACAGAAAAAUGCUCUGAAUAAAGAGUGAGCUUCCAUUUGGGAAAUGAAAGGCCAUCACAUUGAAAAGACGAUCAAAUCUGGACCAAAUCCCCCGUACGCAAUGUGCCUUUCCCGCUCAUCCCAUUCCCAUCAUUACCACAGUUCGGUCCACUACCAAUAAUAAUAAUAAUAAUAAUAGUAGUACACAGCAAUAUAUACUUUAUAUUUACAUUAAGGUUUGAUAAUAGUGUUUAAAAAAAAAGAAAGAACGUUAGUAUUGCUUUUGUGCAUAUUUUUAUUCGCAAGCUGUUUCUGUUAGGAGGGCCACAAAGCCACAAGCAGCGCAGAUUGGUCUGUGUUCGCGCGUCAUUUAUUGCAGGCAGGCAAGAACAGCAAUGUUUUCACAUGUUAAUAAAAUAAAAUAAA